AGCGUGGGCGGUAUGCUCUGACCAAUGAUAGAUGAGUUCGGGUAACGCCGCUUCCAGACUAGUGCUCGCUCUCGGUCUCACACACACUCACGCACACAAACACACAGUGCCAGGAGCACGCACGAGCGGAGUACUAGCUUGGCCGUAUCGCUGAAACUUUGAACUUCAUAACAAACCCUUCAGAUGUCAGGCGCCCUCCGGUUCCUCGCGCUAGGACUCGGUUUCACUUACGGUCUCAACGCGUUACAAAUGUAGGAUAGCAGUAUUUACUUCUCACCAAACUUUUUUGUUUCUUCUUCAUCGCCGCCUUCUUUUUUUUUUCCUGUUUAAGCCGCGCUCUCGUGCGCGCCGUCGCGCUUGAGUCACUCGCGCGCUGCCAACUCUAUGUGACGUUGGGCGUUUGUCGGUACCAUGGCGGAAGCGGCCCAACAGCAACAACAACAGCAGCAGCAGCAGCUGGUCGACAUCGACCCGGACUUUGAGCCUCUAUCGCGGCCCCGAUCAUGCACUUGGCCGCUGCCCCGGCCGGAGUUCACCAACCCCGCCGACUCGAGCACGUCCUCGCCGGCCCCGUCUGUCAAGCACGAGCCGAGCGGCACCGCGGACUUCCUCACGAGCCUCAGUCUGCUUGAAGAAUCCGAGGACUAUGCUGACGACAAGCCGCUUGUCUUGUGCACAGAUUUCCAGUGCCAAGAAAACUGCGGGCAUCGACAGCAGCAGCAGCGGCAGCAGAUCUCCGGCGCUCAGCUCCCUCCACAACAACAACAACAACAACAACAGCAGCAGCAACAGGUGCCGUUACUUUCCUCCUCUUCUACAGCGGCUGCGGCGGCGGCGCAGCGGAAGAGCGGCUCGGCACGGCGCAACGCCUGGGGCAACAUGUCGUACGCUGACCUGAUCACCAAGGCUAUCGAGAGCUCGCCCGAGAAGCGCCUCACUCUCUCGCAGAUCUACGACUGGAUGGUGAAGAGCGUGCCUUAUUUCAAGGACAAGGGCGACAGCAACAGCUCCGCCGGCUGGAAGAACUCGAUCCGGCACAACCUAUCUCUGCACAGUCGUUUUGUCCGAGUGCAAAAUGAGGGAACGGGGAAAAGCUCAUGGUGGAUGCUCAACCCAGAGGGUGGUAAGAACGGCAAGUCACCUCGCCGCCGUGCCGCGUCCAUGGAUAACACCGGCAAGUUUGCCAAGAGUAGAGGGCGUGCAGCCAAGAAAAAGCUGGCCCUUAAUGGUUGUCCUGAUGCUGGUGCUGAGAGUCCAGGCUCUCAGUAUAGUAAGUGGCCCGGCAGCCCCAACUCGCACAGCAAUGAUGACUUAGAGGCAUGGACAACGUUCCGCCCUCGAACCAGCUCCAAUGCCAGCACAGUGAGCGGCCGUCUUUCACCCUUCAUGCCCGAGCAGGAUGACUUGGCUGACUCAGAAAUGCACAUGGUCUACUCGGGCCCUGGCUCAUCCGCCAAAAUGACCUCAACUCUCCCGAGCCUUUCGGAGAUGACCAGCUCUUUGGGACAUGGCAGCACAGAGAAUGUGAUGGAGAACCUUCUGGACAAUCUCAACCUGCUCUCACCAAAUAACCCAGGAUCAGCUGGAGGGCCUGGUUCAAGCUCUAACCAAUCAUCCCCCUCCUCUCUCUUACAAAGCAGCCCUGGAUAUGCACCGUACAGCAACCAGCAACCCCAACAAGACUACCGCAAGUGCCUAUAUGGCCAGGCUAGCAUGGGAAACCUAUCCUCUAUGUCCAUGCAGACUCUGGAGAGCAAGCCUUCUUUUCCAGCUUCUCCUGGAUCGAUCGGGCAGUUUAACUGCACACCGGGGCUGCUUAAGGAGCUCCUGACCUCUGAUUCCGACCCACACACAGACCUGAUUCCUUCUGUAGAAACCGUGGUCUCCCAGACGGCCGGCAGAGGAGGACGCAUGCUGCCUCCUUAUGGUGGCGGGCGAGCUGAACUAAUGGGGGGUGGAGCAUCCCAUGGCCACGUCUUGUCUCACUCUCACAGCAUACAUGGCCAGGCGCCACCUGCCGCGGUGGCUCUGAAUGGGCGUCCAAUACAUCCAAUGAGCAACAUGAGCCACGGGGGACGUAUGGGGUCUGUCAAGUCAGCUAUGCAGAUGCAAUACGGGGCCUCGGGUCACAUGGCAGGAGGUGGUGGGGCAGGAGGGGGAGGAAUCCCCUUCUGCAACAUCAAUGGCAAUGGAUAUGGCCCUGGACCGGGCCUGCCCCCCAUUCAGCACAUGGAGAAGCUGCCCAGCGACUUAGAUGGCAUGCCUGUGGAGCGCUUUGAGUGUGACAUGGAGUCCAUACUUCAUGACACACUCAUGGACGGAGACCCACUGGACUUUAACUUUGACUCCAUGGUGAGCCAGCCGGGGUUCCCGCCACAUGGGGUGAAGACCACUACUCACAGCUGGGUGUCUGGGUAAAGGUAAGACCUUUCUGCCCCUCAGACUGUCGAGUAAGAGCCCAAAGAGGCAAUUCUCACCCAUUCACGCUAUGCUCUCUUCUCUUGCUUCUCAUCAUGGACAUUCCUCUGCUUUAGUCCUGCUCAGCCAUGGCUGUGAUAUGACUGCACAUUGCCAAGGAUGUUCGUUCAGUGGGGAGCUAAAGAAGGAAGCUCCUGCUCCAGCAUUGCAAUGCGCCUUCAAACCAAGUGCCAAACCAGGUGCCUGUGCUCCUUAGCCAAAUCAAAUGUGCUUUAUUUUGCUGCCUUCUUCUCGCUAUAGAGAACCAGUGGUCAAAUCAGGGCAAAAAUGGUGUGGUCCACUACUAAGACUCGCAUAUUACAUACAGCACGCAUUCACUUAUGCAACUACAUCAUGGUUAUCAGAAGAAUCAAAUUUUCUACUAAAUUCACACUGUGAUCAGGUGAUAUCCUAAAUUAAGGCACCUAUUCUUAAAAUCCAAGCCUUUGUCUUCACCAGCCCUUUAAAUUGACCAUUGCAGGGUGAUGUAUGCCUUUUCUCUACCUGUCUAGCAUGCUGUUAGAGUCCAACCUGCUGCCUUUUGCUUUCUAAUGUCUACAUACAGUGCUUAAUACCAUAGAGAGCUCAAAGCGAACCUUAUUGGGAAAAAGAACUGGAUCCUGAAGAUUAGUGUACAUAGUUUUAUGUGGAGAAGGUCCUUUUCUUGGCAGGACCUAGAAGAAGUUUAGGAAAAUCUCUCUGCCUAGAUGGACGAUGUUACAUGAAUUAUUACAACACUUUCUGUUUUCUCCUCAGUGUGCUUGAAUCGCAGUAGACGUACUUCAUUUUUAACGAGUGUAUUGUGAUUAUGUCAUGUACAGAACGUUUACACAAAGAAUUCAGCAAUCAGGGCAGCAGAUUUGACAUGUUUUGUAAAUCGAGAGAAACUGGAUCCGACACUUGACAUUUCGGUUGGCUCUUUCUCACUCACGACUGUGUACACCUUUCCACAUUUCUUGUAAAUAUAUGGUAAAUAUAUAUGGCAGAAGUAUAUAGUUGAUACGUUUUGAGAUUUUGUUUUUGAAAUUUUGUUAUUGUUUUUGUGUAUGGUUGGCUUUAGCUGAGGUUAGAUUAAGCUUGUAAAAUGCAUUUCAACAGUGUUUUGGGGUCCUUAAAGGACAGGUCCACCCAUUUUGCAAAGUUUCUUUAGGUGUUUGUAUCCUGAACGUGCUAUAUAAUAUAAUUGUAUGGCCUUGGGAGCUCUAUUAAUCAAUUUUAUAUGGAAUAUACUGCCAUCCUAAGAUGCUAUGAUUUAAUUGUAUACCAGUGACCAGUCUUUACCCUGUAGACUCCUGUUAUUUGACUUAGCAUGGUAGAAAUUUUGAUAAACUGUUGGACAUGUCCUUUAACAUUUCUCUUAAAGUCCCUGACACACGAGUCCCGAUGUACUUAAGAACUACAGUGCAGAUAGGCUCUUAUGGACCACCAUCUGUGCAUGUAGAUAACCUCUCCCUUUAAGAAAGUGUGGGGAAAUGUAUUUAGUUUAUUUAUUAGCGCGAAGGAGAAGAGACGUGAUUGAGUCACGUCACAGAUUAAUCACAAUUACAAUUAAUUCUCUCUCUCUCUCUCUCUCUCUCUCUCUCUCUCUCUCUCAAAAUUCAGGCACUGUGAUGUACAUGCCAAUAUUCUACUGAUCUUUCCAUUUACUGAUGUCAGAAAAAAUGGCUUUCUCAAAAACUGACAAUUAGACUUACUGCCUGCCUUCUUUCUUUUGCUUCCUUCCCUCCUACCUUUUAAGCUGACUUGUCUCACUAUCCUCGUACAACCAUCAUAAAACCCAUUAGCCUUCAUUUGUUUUGUUCAGUCUGGCUACCAUGCUAUUUACUUUGUACACUGUACAAAACUCUUUUAUAAUUAUGGGUAGUUGCUCAGUUCAGAGAAAACAGAGAUAUCUUGCUUUUGGGAAAUCAAUAUCAUAUCAAAUUAUAUACAGUAGUUGCUGUAAUUUUAACAUUGCCAACAUAGACUUAUGUCAGUUAGUUCUCAUAUUUUGUUCUUUCUUGCAUUUGUGAGUUUCUUUAUUGGCUGGCAUUGAGGUCACUGAGGACACAAAUUGUUCUGACUAAACUGAAAAUCCUGAAAAACCAGUGUGCCAGAGUGUAAGUCUGAAAGUUCUGGCACAUCUGGACUUUCUGAAUGUGUCACUCAUGAAGUGCAUAAAGCUGCAUGUGUUAAAUCUAGUAGAUCAAAGGUAGCGAUGUACCUUCUGCGUAAUUUUAAUAUUUGAAUAUCCAAAAGAAUUAAUCAAUUGAUAUUUGGUUAACUGCUAGGGAAGAAAAGCACUUUUUGUAAUAUUACACGAUCAAUUAUAAUUUUUUCAAUUUUUCUCUCUGUAUAAAAAUGAAAUGAUUCACAGAUUGGCACACAGUGUCACUUUUAAUGUCAGAUGUGUUUAAUCUGCAAUUCCAAGGUUGGUGAUUUAAGACUGUAGUUUAAGACUUUUAAUAGCUAUGUACUGAGCGUUAUUUUCUAAAGUAUUGUCUUCCUGUGACCAUCAUUUCUGACCGCCCACCUUUUCCCACAAUUUCUUUCAGUCUUGAUGCACUUCUAAACUUGCACACCAAGUUUCUACAACAAAAUAUUUCCAGACAUGGAUUUUUGUUUGUCCAUAUUUUCCACACUGACUUCUUGUGGUCAUAGGGCAUAACAAAUACCCAAAUGUUUGAUUUCAGUAUACAAAUACUGGCAUCUCAGUAACAGAAACAGGUAUCCGGGUUAGCGGGUUAAGCGGGUAACCGAAUAGCCUGGGCACAUCCCUAAUCUAUCUAAGCAUAUAAUCACAGAGAUUGUUACUCAAAUUCCCCAGUCAACCUACAGAAGUCUAUGGCGGUAUUAGUAAUCCUUUAGAGAUGAGUAUAUAUUACAUAAAUGACAUAAAUCUCUAUUUCUCAAUAUGAAUUUAAACAGAAAUUCCAUAUUUAAUUAGACCUACAUUACGAACAUAAUUCAAAUGAUUUCCACAGUGAUUUCUCAUCACAUAUUUUUGUUGUUGUUGUUUUUUUUUGCUCACUAUUUACUCAAGUCCAAAAUUUCCAUAGUACUGGUUGUACAAGGAUAGUGUUCAUUUUUCUCUCUCUCUCUCUCUCUCUCUCUCUCUCUCUCUCUCUCUCUCUCUCUCUCUCUCUCUCUCUCUCAGUGUGGGUGUGGGUGUGUAUGUAUAUCACAACUUUUUUGUGUGUGAUUAAAUCAAGACUUGGCCGAGUCAGAUACAAGCUUAUUCUGAAGCAUGGUAAAUAAACAGUGUUUUGUUGAGCAGUUUUGUUGUUUUGUUAAGCAGUACAUCGCUGAAAGACUUGAAUCUGCAGGCUCGACUCUGACUUUUUGAAUACUGACAUAUGUAACAACGAUACAAUUUAGAGCUAUUUUAAUAUUCUGUGAAAGCAUCUAUAUUUUAAAGUGAUAUGCAGUGACUUCAUAAAUAUCAAACAGCUGAUGUGUCACAGAAAUACUAUUAAAAUAAUGGCAUUUGAUUUCUUUACAUGAGGUUAGCGUGGGACACGCAGGCAGCAGCUAAAAGACUGCCACAUAUCUAUUAUAGAAAUGAUGAAUUAACCUGAGUUAUAUUUCUUGUGCAGGCCACUCAUAAAAAAGAGGACUAUAACAUAGAAAAUGUCUACUAAUAUUAUUGGAUAAACCAUAAAACAAUAUUUUAGAUAUGGGCAAGCUGACUUGUAUUGUAUAUGCUUUGUUAAUUUAGCAAAUGCUUACACCUAUGCAUUCUUGUACUUCAUUUAUUACUUUUGUUACCUUUGGUUUGUUUUUACUGAUGACAAUAUAUUUCAUGUACUAUGGGCUUGUGGAGAAAUUUUGAUGUUAUGAAAAAAAUAUGAAGUAUUUAGACAGUAGAUUUACAUGUAAAGCUUUUUUUGUAAACUGACUCUGUUAUUCUUGUAUUUUACAGCGGUUUUUAAAUUAAAUAUAGAAAUAACAGAAAAAAAAAUCUAUAAAAUUGCUAAACUACAAGUAAAUUUGAUAAAGAUGAAUUAGUAAUUUGUGUAUUCAGAUUGCAGUUUGGACCAAUUUUUAUAGAAGAGAAUCUAUCAGUUAAAGAUGUUGCACUUUCAUAAAGAAACAAAGCAGUGAAGAUGUGACCUAUUUUGAAACAAACUGUUACAUUUCUUAACUUAUGUACAGAAAUUCACAGUAAAAUUCUAUAUCUCAAUGUGCAAUCAAUGUAUGUAUAAAUAAUAAAUCUAUAUACAAGAGAAAAUGAUAUUGUUUGGAGAUCAUUAUGCUGACAUUUCCUUACUGAUAAAUGUGUCUUACUUUACGAUUGUUGGCAGUAAGUGACUGUCUUUUAGCCAAACAGUUUGUACAGUGUGAGGCUCUCUAAAUUACUUUUUCCUGAUGUGCUUGUAUUCCAAUACAACAACCAGAAUAUGUUGCUGCUGUAUGAAGCCAUAUAUGUAUAUAAAUGAUCUUAAACCAAGAAAAA